AUGAUGCUUCGCAAAGUUAUAUCAAUUCUGGGUCACGUCCUGUUUUUCUUGUCCUAUUACUGCCGCGCCGGAGAUGUUGUUUGGGCUGUAAAUUGUGGUGGUUCCGGUCAUGUGGAUUCCAAUGGUAUUGAAUACAUGGCUGAUCCGUUGGUUGUCGGCACGGCUUCAGAUUACGGUCGGUCCUUCACCAUCAAUCGGGUCGCGGUAGAAGAUCAGAUUCUAUAUCAAACUGAACGGUAUCACACGGGUGAUUUCUCAUACAAUAUACCGAUCCCGGAAGAUGGUGAAUAUGUGCUCACGUUCAAAUUUUCCGAAGUCUGGUUUACCGAUCCUGAUCAAAAGGUUUUUCAUGUGCACCUGAACAAAGCGAUCCCGGUCACUGAAGAGUUGGACAUUUUUGGUCAAGUCAGUUUUGUUACCGCACUCGAUCAGCACAUCCCGAUCCGGAUCGCAGAUGGCCUGUUGCACGCGCACAGUCAGUCCGUCCGGUUGAACAAAGGAACAUUCAGUGUGGAUUUUAUUAAGACCGAUCGGGAUAAUCCCAAGGUGAAUGCGAUCAUUCUGACGAGGGGCUCGGUGACCGGUAAGCACCUUUUCGCCACUUAG